AUGGAGAGGGCAGAGGCCGAGACUCUGCCUCGCCAUGGCAGCGCCGGACUGGAAGCUAGCAUCUCGAGUCUGAACUCUGUCGACCAAGAGACGUCGGCAACCUCCAGCGCAAACGUCGACACUCAACCGUCCCGGUGGACUUCCACGGCGACAUCGUUGACCGCCUCGCCUCUGGUCUCGAGAGAAAACUCACCCACACGGUCUUACCCUAAAUCCGGACGAACCAGCCGGUCGUCGACGACGAGAUCGCGCAAGAACAGCUUCCAGGAACCCAGCCCUUCACGAACACGAGUGCACCCGCAAGUGUCCACUCCACGACAACAAUUAUCCGCAGCAACAACACCUACCUUGCCUCCCCCGCCCACCUCGGAACCCGUACUGCGCGCGCCUCAGCCCCAGAAGCCCUCCCUUGCAACUGAAGCUUCGAAGGACGCGCCGCGGUGGCCAGUGUCCCCCCGGCUCAAGUCACCACCACCAGCACUCAACCGCCCAAGUGCACCCCCACCGCGCAAGAAUGAUCAAGAGCCGCCGAUGAUAAAUGUGCUCCGGGCUACCCCAUCACCGCAUCCACCACCGUCGGAGUCUCCCUUGCUGGUACCUUCGGAUACCGAGGGAGACGAGACGCUUUCUACUGGCAUGAGGACACCAGGAAGAGGACCCAGCGCCGGCUCAUCCACAUCGCAGCUGGAGACGGUCCAAGAAGUCAGCCAACCGAACACCCCUGGGCCCAAUUUGGAUCUGGCCUCGGAAAAGCUGGCGCAGUCGGGAGCCGCAGGAGGCCAGCCAUCAAAGUCUGACGGUGCCGUCAACAAAAUACUCAAGUCGGAAAAUAAUAGCGAGAGCGGAAGCGAUAGCGGAAGCAUCAAGACGCGCACGAGGAGGUCCAGUGCUGCUGGACCCCCUCCUACAUUGCAAAACAGGCAGUCCAGCUCGGCCUUACGCUAUGGAGGCAAAGGCCAUACUUCUGGAGAUGCAUCGAAACAUAUCACAGUCGAGGAAGAGGAGGUCAACUCGGUACCGCGCGCGGCACUGGGACUGAACCCAGCCGCGCAGGGAGGGGCAGGGAAUAGCCUGAAGACGAAACCAAGUUCCGAGACGAUACGCCCCCGGAAGGAAAAGAAGAAGACGGCCCGAAAGGCGGUGCCGGCUACUUCUGGUACUGGUGAGAACUCAACCCUACUUGCAGCGAGACCAACGUCGCGACUUCGUCAUAGCCGUUCGAUAAGAUCGAUCUCAUCAUCGACAUCUUGUCGUUCGCCGAGGAAGUUGCAGAGCGGCCAAGGGUCGUACGUUGAGGAAUUCAUGAUACCACGGGCGCCCUCCAAGUUGUCGCGCACCCCAAGUAUCACCGCCCAUGUGACCAAUUUGCUAACUGGAGGACCACGUGUAGCAUCUUCAAAAGCAGAUAUCUUUGAAGCGAAAGUCGCCAGCGCUGUCGAGGAGAACAACUCGUCCGACUCGGACGAGACCUUCGUCUAUGACUCCAACCCGCCAGAUGCUAAUGACAGGCCACGACGGUACCACUCUCGUACGCCGAGCGCGACGUCCAUGGUCAGUCAGGUGGACCGCAACGGCUUGCGUUCAAUUCACAGCGUCCUUGAUAGUGGCCCUGUCAACCCGGCUAUCAAGAAGAACAUGAAGUUCGUGAACCCUUAUAACAGCAACGGAGCUGAAAGCCUCGCAGGUGAUGAUGAUGGCAAAGGUUCUGGCGGUCGUAGUAAUGCAGGCUCGGGACGCGGCACAGCACGGCACCAUCACCACGCUGGCCGCUGGGGUCGCAACAACAGCAACAACCACCUAUCACUUUUCGACAACGAGUCCCCUUUCCCUGCUGCGGCACGCUCCAAGCUGCCUGGAAACACAUCCAGGCAAUCUUCUAAUCCCCCCAGCCCGAGAUUCCCUCCAGCACGGGGUGGGCUACAUAAUAGUAAGCGUCAAAUGGCCAUGGCUGGUUAUGAUAUGGACGAUACCACCACUACUACCGGAGCAGACGACGAGCGGACUCCAUUGCUGCACAUGAACGGCAACCGAUCAACCAGGUCGAACCGGAGCAGACGCAACAUGCUUCGAGGGGGGCGCAUUGAUGUGGAAUCGCAUGAUUACCGUUCCAGACCAUCCUUCUUGAACCGCUUUGCCAGCUGUUUGGUUCUCACAAUAAUGCUACUCCUGGUUAUCAUGGGGGCUGUUGGCUUCAUGUUUGCGACUUCACAACCCCUGACGGACAUCAAGCUCGUAAAGAUUGGGAGUGUGCUUGCAAGCGAACAGGAGCUGAUGAUGGACAUUACGGUCAAGGCCCACAAUCCAAACAUUGUUGUCGUUUCGAUAGAUUCUGCAGACCUGGAGGUCUUCGCGAAAUCACCACACGCUGGUACGGACUCGGAGUGGUGGCGUCAUCCCCACGACGGAGAGCUGGACAUCCUGGACGACCCUCCAGAUGACCAACCUGAUGAUUCACCUGAUGACGGGAAAUCACCAAAUAUGCGACUUGGCAACAUUCUUGAGCUCGACAGUCCCCUGAGUUUUGAGGGAUCCUUCUUCCAGACGGGCAACUCCAUGUCUUCCGGCGAGUUACGUCUAGUUCGACCCGGAAACCAGACAGAUGGCGGCACCGAACGCUGGGAGCGUAUCCUGAACGAUGAGUUCACCCUAAUCCUGAAGGGGGUACUCAAAUACACCCUACCUCUUAGUCAGAAGAUAAGGAGCGUUACGAUAUCGGGCAAGACGACGGUGAAGCCCAAUUCCGCAAACGACCCAGUCCUGAAGCCGAACGGGACGAAUUUUGAAAUCGGCAUAUCGUAG